AUGUUGACCAACAACGAGAUAAUGGAGCAGUUCUACUUCCCCGACGAGUCCCCAGCGAUUCCCGAGUUCCUGGGCAACGAUACCUUCCAGCAGUUGGAGCAGCUGAUGUACCAGCAGGAGUUCAGCACCAGCGAUAGUCAGUCAGAUGGAACUAACAGUUGCUCUCUGGAGAUGUACUACGAUACUCCGGCUGUCCUGGAAUUGGAGCACAUGCUGAGUGCCCAGGAGCAACAGCAGCAGCAGCACCAAUCGAAUCCUUUGGGCAAGAUCCAGGGCAGGAGCUCAAAGUACUGGAACAAACAGCAAAGGAGCAAACCGUACGACAAGCUGUCCACCUCCAUGUCAUCAUCCGCAUCCUCCGCCUCAUCGACUAGCGGAUCCUCCACGGGAUUCGGCGGCGAAGUCCUGAAGAAGCGGCGACUGGCGGCCAAUGCCCGCGAACGGAGGCGCAUGAACAGCCUGAACGAUGCCUUCGACAAGCUGCGUGAUGUGGUUCCUUCUCUGGGCCACGAUCGACGACUGUCUAAAUACGAAACUCUGCAAAUGGCGCAGGCAUACAUCGGAGAUUUGGUCACGUUGCUCUCCAGAGACUACUAG